GAUGCCCUCCGUAUAAGCUUUUCCAGCUCAAGCGGUCCUCAGUAGCAAGAAAUCGGACUCAGAGGUGCGUUGCGGUUCUGAGAGAGUGGCAAAGUUGUUUUGCUAACUCAUUUCCUUCAGAUUCCUCCGCCAGGACCCAUAGGCACAGCGCCUUCACUUCCGGGUCCGCCAUUUUAUUGCCUCCAUUUCUCCGCGAGGGGGGGUAAAGGCCCCCCAAAUAUGCAUAUGUGAAAAGGCCAAAAAGUGAGGCCACUGGCAAGGAAUCUUAACUAGAGAAAGAAACGGGACCAAACUGGCGGGCCCAGUGAGAGCGAAGCCGGCAGCGCUCCGGACUAGCUACCUGGAAACAUUUGCUUCUAUGCAUAAAGAUGUCUCUGGUGGACUUGGGGAAGAGGCUGCUAGAAGCUGCAAGGAAAGGCCAAGACGAUGAAGUGAGGGCGCUGAUGGCAAAUGGGGCUCCAUUCACCACAGACUGGCUUGGAACGUCACCACUUCACCUUGCAGCCCAGUAUGGUCACUAUUCCACAGCAGAAGUGCUCCUUCGAGCUGGCGUUAGCAGGGAUGCCCGGACCAAAGUGGACAGGACCCCUCUGCAUAUGGCUGCAGCCGACGGACAUGCUCACAUCGUGGAGCUGCUUGUUAGGAGUGGUGCAGAUGUAAACGCCAAGGACAUGCUGCAGAUGACAGCUCUGCACUGGGCCACAGAGCACCACCACCGGGAUGUUGUCGAGUUACUUAUCAAAUAUGGAGCUGAUGUUCAUGCUUUUAGCAAAUUUGAUAAGUCUGCCUUUGACAUAGCACUGGAGAAAAACAAUACUGAGAUUUUGGUCAUGCUUCAGGAAGCAAUGCAGAAUCAGGUGAACACUAACCCCGAGAGAGCCAACCCGGUGGCUAACCCUGUGACUGUGACUGCUCCCUUCAUCUUCACCUCUGGAGAGGUCGUUAACCUCGCUAGCUUUGUUUCUUCAGCCAACACCAAAGCAACCUCAGCUAAUUUAGAAGAAAUUGAAGAAGGAAAUUCUCUUGACUCCUCGAUCCAGCAAGUGGUGGGGAGUGGAGGCCAGAGGGUCAUCACCAUAGUGACUGAUGGAGUCCCUCUGGGUAAUAUUCAAACUUCAAUCCCUACUGGAGGCAUAGGCCAGCCGUUUAUUGUAACUAUGCAAGAUGGACAGCCAGUCCUAACUGUACCUGCUGGGCAGGUUGCAGAGGAGACGAUAAUUGAAGAGGAAGAGGAAGAGGAAGAAGAGAAAUUGCAGUUGGUGAAGAGACCGAGGAUGGCAGAGAUGACAAACAGUGUUGAGGAAAUGAAGGAAGGCAGUGAACGAGAGAUGCUGCAGCAACAGCUCCAGGAGGCCAACCGCAGAGCCCAGGAGUACAGACACCAGCUCCUCAAGAAGGAGCAGGAGGCAGAGCAGUACCGCCUCAGGCUGGAGGCCAUGGCUCGACAGCAGCCCAACGGAGUUGACUUCACCGUGGUUGAGGAGGUAGCUGAAGUGGAUGCUGUCGUGGUGACAGAAGGAGACGAGGUAGAGAGAGCAACGCAAGUGAUGAAGUCAGGAAGGACCACAGAGCCUCACCCUAGUGUUUCCAUAGAAACUGUUUCUUCCUAACACCCAACAGCACAACUUGGCCUCGCUCAUCUUAUUCUUUGUAAGAAGAAAGUACAGAGAGCAAGUACUGCGUACGAAUUAGAAUGUCCUUAAGAAGGUAACGAUAGCAGGGCUCAAGGCCUGAGCCUAGGAAGGCUGUGUGUGCAGCUGGAAAACUCAGAGCCACUUUAGGGGCAUCCGAGAGACCAAAGGACCAGGACCAAAUCUCUCCACUCAUAUCAUUGCUUUAAACAGAGUACUGGGCAUUGUGGGUUGAUUUUUUUUUUUUUUAAAUAGUUAGCUUUAUAUCAAAAAAAUUUUUAAGAUAAUACUUGUAAUACAUAUAUGCCAAGAACCUUUAAUGAUUAUACCUGAAAAUUUUUAAGUGACCUGAAAAUUUGCCUUAGAUUUAUGAAACUGUUGAGGUUAUAGGAAGCCUCCUCUGAGGAAGAGUGAAGGAUCCCAUACAUUUCUAAAGGCACACAGUUCUCCCUAAUUACUGAAAAGCAAUUUCUAUUCGGGCAUGGCAGUGCACACCUGCAAUGCCAGCACUCGGGAAGCUGUAACAGAAAGCUUUUUGAGGUCAACCUGAGCUAAAGAGAGUACUUCAAUAAAUGAGGGCCAGAUGUGUUGGUUCACGCCUUUAAUUCUAGCCCUCGGGAGGUAGACACAGGCAGAUCUCUGUGAGCUCAAGGCCAGCCAAGGCUACACAGUGAGACCCUGUCUCCAAGUAAAACAGAGCUAAGCCGGACUGGAGAAGUGGUGGGUUAGGAACUUAGCUUGCUGUUCCAGAGAACCUGGGUUCUAUUCCUAGCACCCGAAUCAAGCUGCUCACAAUUACAUGUAACUCCAGCUCCUGGGGAUCAUGCCCUUUUCUGACAGGUGUGGAAGCCCACAGAUACACAUUUAUAUAUACAUAUAAAUUAAAAUUUUUAAAAUUAAUAAAAAAAAAUAAAUUAGUUGAAUGCAGUGGUUUACACUUUGGGAGCCUAAAACAGGAAGACUGACAUGAGUUUGGAGCCAGCCCAAGCUCUGUAGUGAGUUACAGGUCAGCCUAGGCUACAAUGUGGGACCUUAAUGCAAGAAAAAAAUCAAGUGUAGUGGUGUGCACCACGAAUUCUAGCAGUCAGACAGCAGAGGCAGGAGGAUCUCUGAGUUUGAGGCCAGCCUAAUCUACAAAAAGAGUUCUGGUAUAGCCAGGACUACAUACAGAGACACUGCCUCAAAAAUAAAAAGUUAGCAAAGAAGGGCUGACUUACGAUUGCCUGAUAAAUUGUGUCCAUAGCUAAGAUACAGUAUAAAAACAAAAUUAAAAUAGGCAUAGUAGUGCAUUCUGUAAUCCCCAGCACUUGGAAGGUGAGACAGAAGAUCACUGUAAAUUAAAGGUCAGCUUUGGCUUCAGUCAGAUCUUUCUCAAAAAUAACAACAAAACCUGAAAAGGCCUACAUGUGGUGGCAUGGUCUCUCUUCCCUGCACUUGGGGAGCAGAGGCAGGCAGUCCACAGGAUUCUAACUAGCCUGGUCCACAUGGUCAGUUCCAGGCUAGCAGGAUUACUCAGACCCUAACAAGAAACAGAGGGAAACCAGCCCUGAGGAUGUAGCUCAGUGGUAGAGCGUGGUGCUUAGUGUGCAGGGAGCCCCUGGGUUCAUCCUUUGGCACCGUACAUAUGCAGCAAGAGGAGGGCAGGAGUGCAAAGAAGAAAACCAUGGACACCAGACUUAAAACCAGGAGAGAAACUGUGCUGAUAUGGACAGUGUGUGCAGAGCCAUGCCUUCCAGGCUGUGUUUCCAGAGCACAGAAGGCAGCCAGAAAGAGGCAUCUGGGCCCUGAGUCUCUGGUCUGGUGAUGGAAACUAUAUAUUGAUGAACUUUAUAAAACUGCAAGCAGGAAGAUCAGUUUCAAAAUCUUUUAAAUUAAUUUUUGUCAUUGUAACAAUAUCUUGCUUCCAAACAUCUAUUUAUAUAAGACCAAGCUCAAAACUCUUGAAAUUGCAUAAAAUUUGGCCAAAUUUUCUCUGUCACAUGGGACACUGGUACUUUCUGUAGCAUUUAGUGGCCUGUCAAAAACAAAGGAGUGUGGCAGACAUGGGGACUGACCAGGCUGGGCAAGUUUGUCCCUGUUUGAUUUUGUGUGAGUGUAUUGCUGCUUCUAUUAGUGUGGCCAUGGAGUCUGUGCCCUAUAGUGCUCAGGUGACAAAGGGAGCAGGUAUCACUGCCACACAGGGAGCCACACACCCAGGCCCUCUGCUGACCUCACCCUAACUCUGCACAUUUCCUCUGCUCAGGCACUUUUGCAAAGAUUUUCAGUGCUGGGUUUUUGAGAAAGGGUUGAGGCAGGUCUCUCUAGCAUGAAGUGUAUGUAUGUGUUUGUAUUGCUGAACAUAGUACUCAUGCCUGUUAGCAGUCAGGAGCUAUAGGAGGAGGAUUGACAUGAGUUCAAGGCCAGCCUGAACUACACAGUGAGUGAACCUGUCUCAAAACCACAAAAACAAGACAGCUGAACAUCGUGCCUCAUACCUGUAAUCCCCACUCAGGGAGACCUCUAGGCAGUACGGUGAGGUUUUGCUCCCAGGCAGCACGUAUGUCGUUUUAUGAGGUCCUAGAUUCAAUCCCCAGGACUGCAAAAAACAAUAUUUAAACAUUUUUUAAACAGGAUGUGAUAGUACAUGUCUAUAAUCCCAGAACUGGGAGAGGGAGGCAAGAGGUGCAGAAGUUGAGGGCCAUCCUUGGUGAUUUAUCAAGUGUAAGGCCUGCUUACACCCUGUCUCCCCAAAGUGGGAGAGGAAUAGGAGCGCAGAGAGGGGUUGGGGUAGGUAUUGUAGACUUGCUUGCUUUAUUGCAAAUUAGAAGAAACCAGACGGACAUGUGCCAAGUACACAUUUGAAUGACUAAUUAGUGAUCAUGAAGAAAACAUGCAUUUUUAACCUGGAAAAGCUUGGCAGUUAACAUGGUUCUGUUUACCUUGAUUAGUGGAAUAAUUUGUUGCAGUGUUCCAGAGAUACAGAAUCAUUUUUGGCUCAAAAUAGGCUGAAAACACAAUUCUCUAAAUCAUAUUUAGCAGAAUUGACUAUUAGAGGUUUAUAGGCAAAAUAAUCAUUUUGAAAUUAACCUUGACUGUUGGUGCUAUGGCUAGGUCUGCUCCACAGGUGUGAGCAUCAGAGAGUAUCUAGUGUGUUGAGAGUGUUGUGGAAGCAGAGGGAGGAGGUGUGUGCGGUUGAGGGUGGAGUCUUCUGUUUGCAGGGCUCCUCUGAGACACCCUGGGAGUGGGGUGCUAGCAAUAAGCUGUUGUGGGUGGCGCUUUGGAGCCUUGGUAACUAGAAGGAGCAAGUUUCUUUGUAGGUGGCUUUUGUUUACAUUCUUAGAGCAUAUGUUGACUUAAUUCCCAUCCUUCUUUUAAAGGACUAGAUGCUAACUGCAGAGGAUGGCCAUGCCUGACCACCUCAUUAUCUUGAGUAGUGACUGUGGAGACGGGAUCUGGCCAUCCAGUCCUCCCUUCCAAGCAGAGCCUCUUUCUAACCUUAGGGAGGACCGUUUCGUUGUUCCAAGUCACUUGAGAUGGGCAGUGUCUGAAAGAGGUUGGCAGGAAAAAAGGUUCCCUUCUGUUUACUUUAAUAGAUGCCUGUCAUCUCAAAAAGGAAGUAGGCUUUGCUUUCCAUUAGACUGCAGCGAGUGUGAGAGGAUGUGAAGAGGGUGAUUUCAGUCAGUUAGAGAUUAAAUACUGAAUAGUCAAGCACAGGGCAACAUGUGUGAAGCCCCAGCACUGAGGAGGAGGCCAUCCUGGGCUACAUGAAGACAAUGUCUCAGAAACAAAAGAUGGGGCUGGAGAAAAGGCUCAGUGGAUAAGAGCGCUCGCUAUAUACAAAUUUGAAAAACCAAAUUCAGAUCCUAGUAACCACUCUAACAAACCAGGCGUGGUCUCCAGUGUACCUGUAACCCUAGUCCUCUAGAAGGACGAGGCAGGAGGACCACUGGGGCUUGCUGGCUGCCAGCCUCACCAAAAGGGGGAAUUUCAGGUUCAGAGAGAGACCAUGUCUCAAGUGAAUAGGCAGAAUGUAAUGGAGGACAUGCAGCGUUCCCUUCUACCCUCUGUCAUGGACACACACGCACAUACACUACAGUCACAUAUACAGCACACACAGACACACAAGUGAGUAGAAAUUAAGUAUUGAAUACAGUAAUACCAUGUCACGGCUUCACAUAACCUUCCAGGUCAGCCUUUUUUGUUUGUUGCUCUUUUUAAAAACUGGACUCCACUCUGUAGCCCAGGCUGGCCUCAGACUCAGGGCAAUACUGCCUCAGCCUCUUGAGUGCUAAGACUAGGUGUGAACCACCUCAUCUGGUUUGGGUCGUUUGAAAAAAUGACUCUUAGAUCUGAGUUAAGACAUCUCAGCAGAUUAGUAGAGCUGGAUUAGUGAGAGUCAAGUAGCAGAUGAGGUGUUCAGAGUUGGGGCUCGAGCAGAGAGAGCAGCAGCUUAGGACUCUGCAGUACAGCUGCUGCAAGAGCACCAGUGUUAAGUCAGGGUGGAGGACUCUGCAGUACAGCUGCUGCAGGAGCACCAGUGUUAAGUCAGGGUGGAGGACUCUGCAGUACAGCUGCUGUAGGAGCACCAGUGUUACUGUCAGGGUGGAGAGGAAUGCAGUUCAUUGUAGACCCUACAUUCGCAUUUUGGUUGUAAGUCUUUCACCCUAAAAGAGAAGAAAUGUUACAGUUUCUGUUCUUCCUGUCUUCAGGAAGCUCAUGACAAAUAUAUAAAUGUGCCUUCCCUCCAUGUUCCUGCCUCUGGGGGCCGAAUUAUCACAAUGCCAGAGCAGAGGCCUCAUGGCUGACAUAGGAAAAAGCAGCUUUAUGGGGUUUUUGCUCUAAACUCUGUGCCUUAAAAGACAGUUUUCUGUCAGGUGUAUAUUUACUUUCUUUGUUUUGUUUCUAAACAGUCUUACUAUGUAGCUCUGGCUGCCUGGAACUUGCUGUGUAGACCAGG